UCAUGGUUUGGUGUUAAAUAGGACUUUCUGCUGUCAAUAAUACUGUCUUCUGCACAAUGUCUUUCCUGUGGCUGCUGUCCUGUGUUGCCUUCAUUGGUGCAGCCUAUGGCUGUGGUGUUCCUGCCAUUCCUCCUGUUGUCAGUGGCUAUGCCCGCAUUGUGAAUGGUGAAGAGGCACUGCCUCACUCCUGGCCCUGGCAGGUUUCCUUGCAGGACUUCACUGGCUUCCACUUUUGCGGUGGCUCUCUGAUCAGUGAGUACUGGGUUGUGACUGCUGCACACUGCAGUGUGAGAACUAGUCACCGUGUGAUCCUGGGAGAGCAUAACAAGGGAAGCGUCAACACUCAGGAGGAAACGCAGACUAUGAAAGUGUCAAACGUGUUCACCCACCCUCAGUGGAACUCCAAUACCAUCGAGAAUGACAUUGCCUUGAUCAAGCUGACCUCCCCCGUCUCACUGAAUGACCAUGUGUCUCCUGUUUGUCUUGCUGAGACCUCAGACGAAUUUGCUCCUGGAAUGACAUGUGUGACUUCUGGCUGGGGAGUGACCAAUCACAAUGCUCUGUUCACCCCUAAUGAGCUCCAGCAGGUUGCUUUGCCUCUGUUGUCCAACCAGGACUGUAUAAGCUACUGGGGAAGCAACAUCCAUGAUGUCAUGAUUUGUGCUGGUGCUGCUGGUGCCUCCUCUUGCAUGGGUGACUCUGGUGGUCCUCUGGUGUGUCAGAAGGGUGAUGUCUGGACACUGGUGGGUAUAGUGUCCUGGGGAAGCAGUCGUUGUGACACCAGUAUACCUGGUGUGUACGCCCGUGUCACUGAGCUCCGCGACUGGGUGGAUCAGAUUCUGGCUUCCAACUAAACACAAAAAAAGUAGAUCCCUCAAAAUUCCUAAACAGCAGCUAACAAAACAAUAUAUACAUCUUAAAACAAUCACUGUGGUAAGACUAAUGCUAUGAAAGGCUUAUUGCUUUUACAGGAUGUCUGUAAAUAAAUUCAUACAACAUA